AUGAGGAUUUCCAAGGCGUUUCUCGACGCCAAAGAUUUCUCUAAGGAUGAGAAAACCAUGUUGUACGUGAUGGCAUUGAUCGCCCCACCAUGCCCCAUUUUCGUAAUGACGGGUCCCAACUAUACCGUGUGGACAUUGGAGUUUGGCAUAACUUUGCUCAUUCAGAUCCUCGCAGUUAUUAUUCUUGUCGUUAGCAGAAGUCUCACUCUCUACCUCCUUGGCCAGCUUGCUGCAUUCAUCUAUGCUUUCAGAUUUGUCCACACGGGAUUUGACAGAGGGCGCAGUCUUUCAAGAGGGUACUUUGAGGAGGAAGUGGAGGAGUCUGUAUGA